AUGUUAGUUUUUUUAUCGCUCAUUUGUUCUGCGUUACUUCAUCUCAUUCUAUCUAUCUAUCUAUCUAUCUAUCUAUCUAUCUAUCUAUCUAUCUAUCCCAGUCUGUUCAUUAUCUAUCUAUCUACGACAGGCGAUAAACUUUCGGCAUCCCUCCUAUUGAAAUCUAUCUAUCUAUCUAUCUAUCUAUCUAUCUAUCUAUCUAUCUAUCUAUCUAUCUAUCCCAGUCUGUUCAUGAUCUAUCUAUCUAUCUAUCUAUCUAUCUAUCUAUCUAUCUAUCUAUUCACUGGGAAAAUAGGUUAUCUAUCUAUCUAUCUAUCUAUCUAUCUAUCUAUCUAUCUAUCUAUCUAUCCCCCAAACUGGGGCUUAGUAAAAAUAAUCGCCUUAGGAAAUCGGCGCACGCAAUCUUCAUACGUUAAUUUUCGCUUUCUUUUUUGCUUUGCCUUCUAUUUUUCUCCUCCUCACUUUGUUUUGUGCUCUCCUUUCUCUCUUUCGCCUACUUGUCAUUCUUUUUUGUCUUCUUUUUUUUUCUCCUCCUCCCUAUUCAGUUUUGUCUUCUUUUCUCUUUCCCCUACUUACUGUUCUGGUUUGUCUUCUUUCUUUUUCUCCUCCUCCUCAUUCAGUUUUGUUCUCUCUCUUCUUUUUCUCCUUCUAAUCUUUCUAUUAUCUCCUCUCCUUUAUUCGAAUCUUUUUAAACCGACUCUUUUUUUUUUUGUUAUUCUUUCUUUCUUUUAUUCAUUACUCUUCUCUUUCAUAGGCCUUUUCUCUUUCUCGAAAUGUUCAUCUGUCAUGGACGACGACGAAAAACAAAACUUGUAG